AUGGUGCACAGCUUCGGGGAUGUUGAUCUUGGAGGUGGUCUCCCUCGCCCUCUUGGCGGCAGGGAUAAAGUACCCACAGCACCGCCGCCUACCUUCAUCCUAUCGUGCGAGGCCGGAUCCGGUUCUCCGGUUUCCCUCCUCCCUCCCCAGUCAGGCCGCCUCAACCAUGCUCCGCGAUCCCGACGUCGAGGGUUUCCUCAUCAGUCCGGCGCCACCCUUCCCUCCCACCCCGAACGGCAACCCCGCGGAAUCGGAGGAGCGACACGAUGUCAACCGCGGCGAUGGUGCAGGUCGGCGACGUGCCGGACCCGACGGUGCGGAACCACCUGGAGCAGGACACCCUCAAGUGGAUCUUCGUCGGUGGCAUGGGCGGCGUCGGUAAGACCAUCUGCAGCUCCAUCGUCUCCAUCUGCGUCUGCCAGUCCGUGUCCGUCAUCUCCAGCGACCCUGUUCUUCAUCCUCAGGGACGCCUUCCAGCAGUGCUUCAUCAAGUUCUUCACCCUCGUCAAGGGCUUCUGCAACCUUUACACCAAGGAGAAGGGUCUAGAGAAAAUGACAGACUUAAAGAAUAGAUUCAGUCAUCUGUUGAAUCAUAUUGCCAAGAAAAAUAGAUGGUGCAUGGCACAUGCUGAUUGCGAGGUCAAGAAUUGGGCUUCUACUAGAUAGUUUAGCAUUACGUUUUAGAACAUCACUUUCAUGGUCACAUUAUGUUCUACAAUGGCUGAGACGUUGAUUGCAUGGUCAAUAAUUGGGAUGCUACUAGAUAGUUUCACAAGCUGUAAUCUUUGGAUUGUGUUCUUUGUAGUGCCAAAUGCAACAGAGUUAAUUUUAUA